AUGGCUACAAUAUUGUUGAAGCGCGCACAUAGUCUUUACAAGUCGCAGUACGUGGGUAUUUGGCUGUUCAGCAAACCCGCGUUGAUCAUUAACUGCCCGCAGACCGCGCACAGAAUUCUGGUCAAAGAUGCUGUUAAUUUCAAGCAGAGGUUCGUGAGGUCGCCCGCCAACGAUUCUGUUGGAAGCAAAAACAUAUUUACUUUACAGGAACCAUACUGGUCAAUGUUGCGAAGAAAAUUAAGUGCUCUUUUUACUUCGACUAAAAUAAAGAAUUUGUACGGACUGAUAAAAUGCAAAACAAAGGAUCUUAUAAUAAGAAUUAAUAACGAUAUGUUUGCGAAAAAUGAAGUUAAUCUAAAGCAAUUAUUCAGUGACUACACAACUGAUAUAAUUGGUGAAGUAACUCUGGGCGCUAAGGGUGAGGCCACACUCACAGGAGACAGCGUUUUACGAAAGUUUACUUUAAUUCUCUUGAAAUUUGACUUACUCAGAAAACUUACUUGGAUAGUUUUAUUCUUUGAUGCUAACAUUAUAGAUAAUUAUUUAUGGUUUUUAAAGGCUAAAGCAUUCCCAAAUUCAACAAUAGCUCUCUUUAGAAAGAUAUAUCGAUCAGUUUUAAAUAGUAAAGGAGGAUAUGAGGCUAAAAUAACGGACCCUCACAGUCUACUGGAUACGUUGAGGAAGUUAAAACAAGACCAAGUACUAAAGAACAUGGAGAUCUCGGAAGACAUGAUAAUCGCUCAGCUGAUAAUAUUCCUGCAAGCCGGCUUCGACACCACCGCCAACGCUCUCACAUUCUGCAUGUACGAGCUCGCCUUUGAUCAGAGGGUUCAGGACAAACUGUUUAAAGAGGUAUCAUUAGCGAGACCAUCGACGGGAGACGACUAUCUUUAUACAAAUGACUUUGAACUAAAUUAUUUGGACAGCGUGAUAAAUGAAACUUUACGGAAGUAUUCUCAGCUGGGCUGGAUAGAUCGAAUGGCGGCACGAAGCUACCGAAUUGAUGAUAAUCUUACAAUUCCUGCAGGAACCCCAGUGCUCGUUAAUUCUAUAGGGAUGCGAUACGACCCUCAAGUCUAUCCUGAACCAGAUAAGUUCAUCCCGGAACGAUUCCUGACGGAUGACGGUCAAGUUAAAAAGUCGAUUGGGUUCCUACCUUUCGGAGCAGGACCACGGAACUGUAUUGGUCAGCGCUUCGCGUUGUUGAAUUUACGUCAUGCCAUCGCGUCUGUCAUCCUGAAGUACAGACUGCAACCCCUGCCCGACGCAGACCCGCCCUCCGAGAGACUCAUCGCCCGGCAAGGGCUGUUCUUCACACCUGAAAAACAAUUAUACGUUCAGUUCUUACCUAGGUGA